AUGGUGGCGAUUGUGGCUGCAAAGAAUGUCUCUACAUCCGCUAAUACCGACACCGGUGUGUCCUUCCACCACGCAGCAAAGCGACACUUGCAUCAAGCCACAACAACGCUCUACAAACAGCCUACAGGCGGCGCAUGUGGCUGCUUCGACAACUAUGAACAUCGAAACGGCUUCAAGGCUCAGUUCGGGUUUUCUGGAAUUCACUUCGCAGCCGGCUCCGCAAGUAUCUUUGAUCCAAAGGGUGAGCAUACAUGGUGCGGAAGUGGCUGUGGCACAUGCUUCAGACUCAAGUCUACUGGUCACGCAGCGUGUCAGACUUGCGGCACUGGCAGUGCUCGAGGCCUGACAAUUACUGUUGUCGUCUACGACUUGUGUCCGGCAGGUACAGAGCCAAACAGUGAACAAUAUCACUAUUGCUCGCCCAAAGGCGUCUCUAACUCUCAUGGAUUCAAGUACCAUUUUGACAUCCAUUCCUCUGACUUUACGGUUGGGGGCCACAAGUGGGACAACCCUGUUGUUGAUUUUGAGCCAAUCAAGUGUCCGCAAGUUGUGACAAACUGGCUGGAAAGACAUUGCAAGAAAUGCACUCAAAAGCGUUGA